GUUAGUUCACAGUCCCCAAUGUUGUAAUUACUUUCUGCCGUAGAGACGUCGGGAGAAGAAGGCACUUGGAUGGACCUUGUUGCCUAUUUGGCAGCGUUGUGAGAGGAUAGCCCCAACCCCUGACUCUGAGGCAUCAACUUCAACAAUAAAUUGCCUAACGGGGUCUGGCACGACAACAGGGGAGGAGGAGACGCCAUCAUGCAGGCGCUACAGGCCAAGCUGCCACGGCCCAUGCUGUGUGCAGCCCGGUUCAGCCACUGCACAACUCUUCAGUUGGGUCCGGUUCGGCGCCUGCGGACCCCCCACACCCGCACCUUAUUCAGCGAGACAGGAGUGUGGGACACAGAUUACCGAAGCGAGACCAGGUGCAGAGUGGAACGGUGGUGGCAUCCACGUGUUAUGGCGCAGUGGCAGAAGGAUGCACUGGAAGAGAAUUCCCAAAAGAAGAAGUUUUAUGUCCUCUCCAUGUUUCCGUACCCGUCGGGCCGGCUCCACAUGGGCCAUGUUCGAGUGUACACCAUCAGUGACGCCAUCGGGCACUUCCAGAGGAUGAGAGGUCAUGAGGUGUUAAAUCCGAUGGGUUGGGAUGCGUUUGGGCUUCCCGCUGAGAAUGCCGCCAUAGAGAGAAAUUUGGAUCCAGAGGACUGGACUAAAAGUAAUAUCCAGUCCAUGAGGGGGCAGCUGGACGACCUGGGGCUGUGCUUCAACUGGGACCGGGAAGUGACCACUUGUCUCCCAGACUACUACAAGUGGACACAGUAUCUAUUUAUCAAGCUCUUUGAAUCGGGGCUGGCAUAUCAGAAAGAGGCUGUUGUUAACUGGGACCCUGUUGACCGGACGGUGCUGGCAGACGAGCAGGUGGAUGAAAGCGGCCGGUCCUGGAGGUCUGGUGCUCUGGUGGAGCAGAAGCUACUGACACAGUGGUUCAUAAAGACGACCAACUAUGCCAAGCCUCUCUUGGAUGCCCUGGAGGAGCUUCCAGAGUGGUACGGGGUCAAAGCCAUGCAGGCAAACUGGAUAGGAGAAUGCACCGGCUGCUAUUUUGAUUACAGACUCAAGGUGAAUGGCAAAGAGACGGGGGAGACCUUGUCAGCUUACAGCUCUUCUCCAGAAGUGGUGUUCGGAGCAGCUUAUGUGGCCAUCCUGCCCUCCCACAGACUGCUGCACGGGAGCAGCUCCGUCCGGUUUGCUCUGCUGAAAAGCUUUCAGUCCGGCACAGACUGUCUAACAGAGGUCACAGCUCUCAACCUGUUCACCGGCCGUGAGGUCCCUCUGCUCAUCUCUCGAAAGAAUAUGUUUGAUGGUUAUCUGGACACUGUCAUUGGUGUUCCUGAAUGCAGCGAGGAGGAUCUCUCUGUGGCAAAAGCACUGAAUCUAAGUUGGACCACAGUGCUGGAAACUCAUGAAAAUGGAGCACAGACUCUGAUCAACUCCGAUAAGUUUUCUGGUCUGACUAGAGAGCAAGCAUUUGACUCCAUUACCCAGAAGGCCAGAGAGCAGAAGGUUGGAGGCCACCUCACUAGUUCCAAGCUGAGGGACUGGUUAAUUUCCAGGCAGAGAUACUGGGGGACGCCCAUCCCAGUGGUGCAUUGUGAGUCUUGUGGUGCGGUUACGGUGCCGGAGGAGGAGUUACCGGUCGCACUGCCCAAAGUGCCAUCUCUCACAGGAAAAGGGGCGUCGCCUUUGGAAGCCGCUCAUGACUGGGUCAACUGCAAAUGCCCCAAGUGUAAAGGCCCAGCUAGAAGGGAGACGGACACCAUGGAUACAUUUGUAGACUCAGCCUGGUAUUACUUUAGAUACACAGACCCCCAUAACCCAGACAGGCCUUUCCGGCGUCACCUGGCAGAUCACUGGCUGCCCGUAGAUGUGUACAUUGGAGGGAAGGAGCACGCCGUGAUGCACUUGUACUACGCCCGCUUCCUCUCUCACUUCUGCAGGGACCAGGGUCUGGUAGCUCACAGGGAACCUUUUCGAAAACUUCUAGUGCAGGGCCUGAUUAAGGGUCAGACAUUUAAACUGGCUGACGGUGGGCAGUACUUGAGGAAAGAGGAGAUAGACUUCACAGGUAAAGAGCCAGUGGCGCUGAGCGGUGGUCCCGUUGAAGUGACGUGGGAGAAGAUGAGCAAAUCGAAGCACAACGGUCUGGACCCUCAGGAAGUGGUGCAGCAGUAUGGCGUGGACACAGUUCGGCUCUACAUCCUUUACGCUGCUCCUCCUGAACAAGACAUCCUCUGGAAUGUGAAGACGGAUGCUCUUCCUGGUGUUCUGCGAUGGCAAUCUCGCCUUUGGCAACUGGUGACAAAGCUAAGAGGAGCCCGAGAGCUUGGAGACGUCCCCAACCCGUCGCUGCUGAAGACAAAAGAGCUGGCAGAGGCUAAGAAGAUCUGGGAAAACAAGAACUAUGCAAUACAGGAGGUAACAGCUCAUUUCACAGAGGAUUUUCUAUUUAACGCCGCCAUCUCUCGUCUGAUGGGACUCACCAACACGCUGACUAGCGCCCAGGUUGGAGUUUUGCAGCACAGCGUUGAGUUUGAGGAAGCUCUGGCUGCCCUGGUUUUGAUGACUGCACCGAUGGCUCCUCACCUGGCCUCUGAACUUUGGGCAGGUCUGUGCCAGAUCAAAAACCCCCUCAGUUCUGUACUCCUGCGGGGAGGCGAGGUCCUCCAGCAGUCCUGGCCCAUUGUGGACCCCCAGUAUCUGGAAGUUCCUGACUUUGUGGAGGUGUCUGUGCUGAUUAACAAUAAGCCCUGCGGGAAAGUGGCGGUCCCUCUGCAAGUGUCCAAAGAUGUCAGUCGGGUCCAGCACCUUGUGUUGGAGAGCGCCGUCGGGCAGAAACAUCUGAGCGAGCGCAGCAUCAAGCGAGCCAUUCUGUCUCCAAGAACUGCCCUCAUCAACUUCCUUGUUGAAGAAUGACCUCUAUGCUUCAUUCCUUUCCCAGGACUGAAAACAAACACAUAGCACACACUCAAGAGGUGGAAUUUGUAUUUUUUUUAGUGUCCUCAAUUGUCAUUCUGUUUGUGAUGUUGUAUUUAUUUGCCUCAGAUUUUAUUAAAAACAUCAAAAAUGAA